CAUUGUAUUUCGUAUUCUUUUCCAGUAAUUAGUACGUAAGUUGAUUAUUAAUUUUGAAAAAUCGAAAUUUACGGAGGAAACCGUAUUUUUUAACCGUCGUCCAAGGUAGUUCGAGCCGAAGCGUGAAAUGUAACAGAUAAGAAUGAAACUGUCAUAGAAUAAUUGAUAAAUAACUAUAUAUAGUGUAUAUAAUUGACCAAAAAAAUGGCUAGUUCAAUGGGUGCACUGGGACUUAUAGAAGACAGAAGAGUUACAGGAUGGUUCCUAAUGUCCAGUGUUUGGCCAACGCUUUAUCUCGCUCUGAUCUAUUUAGCUUUAAUAUACGGACUCUUACCGACAUACAUGAGAGACAGAAAGCCUUUCAAGCUAAACAGAAUAAUACAGGCGUAUAAUAUUUUUCAAGUAAUCGCCUGUGUUUUUAUUAUAUACUGGAUUGCAACGUCAGGAUGGGUCCAAGGAAGAUACAGCUUUGGCUGUGUACCAUUUACAUAUCCAGAAGAUAAGCAAGCUAUGUCACUACUAAAAGGGUUUCAUUUGACAUAUUUUUUGAAAGCAAUUGAACUCAUAGAAACGAUAUUUUUUGCCCUAAGAAAGAAGUAUAGUCAGAUUACUAAAUUGCACGUCUAUCAUCAUGUAUCGACUAUGCUAUUUGCUUGGUUUGGAUGCAAAUAUACUGGAACUGCAAUGCCAUCGUUACAUAUAAUGCUAAAUUCUUUCAUACAUAUACUGAUGUACACGUAUUAUUUUUUAUCGUGUUUGGGUCCAAAAUGGCAGAAAAGACUUGUUCACUGGAAAAGCAGAUUGACUAUGGCACAAAUGGUCCAGUUUACUAUUUUGAUUAUUCACAUUAUGGUUGGACUGCAACCAAGUUGUCCCACACCAAAGCUAUUUUUGAUGAUGUACCUUCCAAAUGUCAUAUUAAUUUUCAAAAUGUUCUAUGACUUUUACAAAAAAUCGUAUACAAUAAAAAGCAAAUGAUAGCAAAACGAG